GCUUAGUUCCCGAUGCACGUCACCAUUAUUCAUGCACAAACCAUGUACUUUGUGCUGCAAAUAAGAGACAAGCCCAAACAGCCUUCCUCCUGCCUCCAACAGGGGCCCUAGUUUGGCCUAAGGCCAGCCCUCUUCUCCCACCCUUGCCAGGAGGCGCCCCGAGUCACAGAUUCCCAGGGCUCAGGAGCCUAAAUGUAAUUUCCAUGCGUCUGUCCCCGCUCCAGGGAUCCCCAGCCCCAGGAGAGACGUGCAGACGUUGGAAUGGCCUGCAGCGCAGACCAGCAAACUGCAAGUCGGGGGCUCCCAGCCUCUGAGCAGUGGCAGUCAAUCUUAUGGUUGCAAGAGUCUGAGCUCAGCAGAGGGACCCCCUCGGCAAGCCCUGCUCCUUUCCCCUGCCUCCCUGCUGGCAGAUUCCUCACCACCAAGAGGCAAUUCCAUGAUUUUCUGGAAGCCAAAGGGCAGACGCCCAGCCAGGAAACCGAGGCAGGAAACCUUGGUGGCAAUGACCUGUCUGAACCCGAGGCCAAGAGGAUACGACUGGAGGAUGGGCACAAGGAGGACAGGCGAUCAGGGGAGGCGGCCGAGCCCCAGGAGCAGCCGCAGGUUCAGAAGAGGGCCCGGGGCCAGAACAGGGGCCGAGCCCACCUGAAGCCCACCCACUAUGACAGGAACAGGCUCUGCCCCUCCCUGGUCCAGGAAUCCGCCGCUAAGUGUUUCUCCGGCGACCGCUGCCGCUUCCUGCAUGAUGUGGGCUGCUACCUGGAGACCAAGCCGGCUGACCUGGGCCCGCGCUGUGUGCUCUAUGAGACCUUCGGGAAGUGCCCCUAUGGCGUUACCUGCCGCUUCGCCGGCGCCCAUCUGCGGCCCGAGGGCCAGAACCUGGUGCAGGAGCCGCCGGUCCAGGUCCCGCUGGUCCGCAACAGCCUGGACAAGGCCCUGCAGCUGCAGCUGCGGAAGCGCAAGAUCCACUUUGAGCGCGCCGAGCGGGCCCUGCGCCAGCUGAGCAAAGGCCAGCUGCCGGGCUCCACCCCUGCUGCUGCGGACCCCGAGCCCGUGGGGAGCGAGGGUGCCCCAGGGCAGGACGGCUGGGCCGCUGAGCAGGCCUCCCUUGGGGCAGGCGCGGGCGCCCCUCCCAGCGCCUCUGUGCAGACCUGUGGGCCCCUGACCGAUGAGGACGUGGUGAGGCUGCGGCCCUGUGAGAAGAAGCGGCUGGACGUCAGCGGCAAACUGUACCUGGCCCCCCUCACGACGUGUGGGAACCUGCCCUUCCGGCGAAUCUGUAAGCGCUUUGGGGCUGACGUGACUUGUGGGGAGAUGGCCGUGUGCACCAACCUGCUGCAGGGCCAGACGUCCGAGUGGGCCCUGCUCAAACGCCACCCAUGUGAGGACAUCUUUGGGGUCCAGGCUUCCCUUCUUCCCUCCCUCCCUGUGCGGCCUCCCUCCCUCCAGCUCCACGGCCGCUCCCGGGAGCAGCGCUACACCAAGCUGGCCGACUGGCGGUACAUCGAGCAGUGUGUGACGGCGGCCUGCCCCAUGGCCCUGUUCGGAAACGGGGACAUCUUGUCGUGCGAGGAUGCCAACCGCGCCAUGCAGACUGGAGUCGCUGGGGUCAUGAUUGCCCGCGGCGCCCUGCUCAAGCCGUGGCUGUUCACGGAGAUCUAGGAGCAGCGGCACUGGGACAUCUCGUCGGCCGAGCGCCUGGACAUCCUGCGCGACUUCACGCACUACGGCCUGGAGCACUGGGGCUCGGACACGCAGGGCGUGGAGAAGACGCGCCGCUUCCUCCUCGAGUGGCUCUCCUUCCUGUGCAGGUACGUGCCCGUGGGGCUGCUGGAGCGGCUCCCGCAGAGGAUCCGUGAGCGGCCGCCCUGCUACCUGGGCCGUGACUACCUGGAGACGCUCAUGGCCAGCCAGACGGCCACCGACUGGAUCCGCAUCAGUGAGAUGCUGCUGGGACCCGUACCCCCCAACUUCAUCUUCCUGCCAAAGCAUAAGGCCAACGCGUACAAGUAGCCAUGGCAGCCGGCGCAGGGCGUGUGAGGGCCCAGCAGCAACCCGGGUGCUCGAGAAGACAAUAAAUUUUAUUCUUUUAAAACCCAGGCUUUUCUGUGAUUCUGAGCAUGCCCCUUCCCCCCACUGGAACUUUUCCCUCAACAGCAGGUGACCCUGUCCCCAACAGCUCAUUUCCUGUUCUCUCUUGUUCACCAAAGUCCCAGCUGCCCCCAUUGGCUCAGCCCCGUGCCAGUGCUGCUGGUGCCCAGAGAGGCCUGGACCACAGGUCACCGGGGCUCAUGGGGGGGGCCUUGGCCUCCAUGGCUAUGGAUCA